GGGGCCGGGGCUGGGGCCGGUGUCCCCGGCUGGGUCUGUCAGCGCGGCCAUGCUGCGCAACGGGGCGGCGGGUGGCGGUGCGGGCGGAGCGGCGGGGGCCAGAUCAGUGCGCGUCUGGUGUGACGGAUGCUAUGACAUGGUGCACUACGGACACUCCAACCAGCUGCGCCAGGCUCGGGCUAUGGGGGAUUACCUGAUCGUUGGAGUCCACACCGAUGAGGAGAUUGCCAAGCACAAGGGCCCCCCUGUCUUUACACAGGAGGAGAGGUACAAAAUGGUGCAAGCCAUCAAGUGGGUGGAUGAGAUUGCUCCAGGAGCUCCAUAUGUCACCACACUGGAAACCCUGGACAAAUACAACUGUGACUUCUGUGUGCAUGGUGAUGAUAUCACCUUAACAAUAGAUGGCAAGGAUACCUACGAGGAGGUGAAGAUGGCGGGGCGAUACAGGGAAUGCAAACGCACCCAAGGUGUGUCCACUACCGACCUGGUUGGCCGCAUGCUGCUCAUGACUAAGGCUCACCACAGCAACAUAGAUGAGGACCUAGACUAUCGGAAGCACACUGACAACUUUGGGAAGGGGCCAAAAGGCCACAGUCCCUGGACUGGUGUCUCACAGUUCCUACAGACAUCUCAGAAGAUCAUCCAGUUUGCAUCAGGGAAGGAACCACAGCCGGGAGACACUAUCAUCUACGUGGCUGGAGCCUUUGACCUGUUCCAUAUUGGGCACGUGGAUUUCCUGGAGAAGGUUCACCAGCUGGCAAAGAAACCCUACAUCAUCAUAGGGCUGCACUUUGAUCAGGAAGUAAAUCGCUACAAAGGGAAGAACUAUCCCAUCAUGAACAUCCAUGAGAGAACACUCAGUGUCUUGGCCUGCAGGUACGUGUCUGAAGUGGUAAUUGGGGCCCCUUAUGCUGUCACUGCUGAUCUGCUGGAUCACUUCAAGGUAGCGCUUGUGUGUCAUGGGAUGACAGAAGUGGUGCCUGACAAGGACGGUUCUGAUCCAUACAAGGAACCAAAGCGACGUGGUAUUUUCCAGCUGGUGGACAGUGGCAGUAAUCUUACCACAGAUCUGAUUGUGCAAAGGAUCAUCAAGAACAGGCUGGAGUUUGAAGCUAGGAACCAGAAGAAGGAAGCAAAGGAGCUGGCUGUGCUGGAGGCCAUGAAGAGGCUGGGCGAGGAGAAGCACUAGGCUGGCCCAGAGCUGAUGUCUGGGUCACACAGCACCACAGCCUCCCUGUCCCGAAGAGCAGAGAGCUCUGGAGGGGACCCCCGGGUGGGGACAGCACUGCCGGCAGACAGGGUGCAUCCCUGCCCACCCUCUGCUGUGCUGCUCCUGCUGCACUGAUGAUGCAGACACACCGAGUCGGGAUCCUGCUGCCUAGUAUUCUCUCUGUUAAUCAGCCCCUGCCCCCUUCCCCAGGAGGAGAUUUGAGAAAAACAAAACAAAGCCCCCCAACAGUUUUAAUGCUAACUAAUGUUUUAACAUGUUGAUGUGCUUUUACCUUCUGCUGUUUCUGGCUUUUAGCAGGAGGGAAGUGGAGUGGCUGCCCAAGCCCCCGCUGUCCCUCCAGAGCCUUCUCCCCGGGGAGGGAUGCAGCUCCUGCUUCUCCUCCUGUGAGCGUUGGGUGAGGGAGGUGGUGCCAGGGCUGGGCCAGUGCUGACGGGCCCUGAAUGUGCCCCAUGCCCACCGCUGCCCCUGCACAGGCACCAGCCCCGCAGCAGAUGAAGCCUCUGGGCUGUACCUGGCACCAGCCCCUUGGUUCUGCUGUGUCUCUGGGGGGCUGUGGGGUUCCCCUCCCAAGCUGAGAGCACCCAGGGGCUUAGAGCCCUCCUCCCUGCUGCUGCUGGCCUCCACCUUGUGGAGUGACCCGAGGGACAGAGUCACCUGUGGUGUCCAGGCUGCCCCUGGCCCGCUGUCCCCGAGAGGCCAGGGCUGGGCUGAGCCCACCCUAAAGGGGGCUUUAGGGGGUGUCUGGGGCUGCUCCCUGCAGACUGCCCUUCCACACCGGUUCUGGUGUCCGCUCUGUUGUGAACUUCUGUCGCUGAUCGUUAAUAAAAUGUUGAAAAGUU